AUGGCGCUUGGGAUUGUUGUCGAGGUGGACUCCGACUGCCUGUCCGGGGAUUUCUCCUCGGUUCACGUCGUCUUCGCGCGCAACCGUCCAGAUCGGCUUCCCGACGACCUCCACAUCGCCAACUCGAAUGGUCUGGGCACCACCUUCCAAAUCGACAAGAUCAAGCACUGGCGCCACGAGGACCAGACCGACACUGAUGGCCGUCUGCGCCCCUACUUCCCCAGCAACAGGGGCGCAAGAGGUGGCCCGCCGCUGCCCCGUGGUCCGCCGCCACCCUGUGGUCCUGCCAACGGCCCCCCGGGUGAUGCUGCGCCACAGCCGUUCGGCCCCGCUUGCCUGUCGGUCCAGGACUUGCCGCUUCCGUUCGUCGAGAUCCGCUGCCUCCUAGGUUUUGACACCUUCUACUACGAUGUCAUCCGUGCCUACCCUCUGGCGCCUCUACCCCAUUUCCCUUUCAUCCUCCCCUCGGUGCCUCUGGCUCUAGGGGAACGGGCGCCAUCUCUACCGCUUCGUUCCACCCCGGUUCUUGCUCUGCUUUGGCGUGCUGAGCUGCGCCCACACCAUGGACGCCGUCCGCCUGCCUCUACGUCGCAUUCUGCUGGACGCCCGCCUCUGCGCGCCAGCACUAGGCUAGCGGCAAGGGACCCUGGAACCUUCACCGACAUGACCGCCAAGGCGGUGUCCCGUAAGGCCUUGCGGGAGAGCCUCGCACCUUGCUCCAACGACCUCAAGAAGCAGGUCUCCUCAAGCCGGGUCCUCAAGAAGAAGAACACCUUCAAUGCCCUGGACCUGAACCGCCUGGCUAAGGCGGCCGGCCUCGACAGCUCCGGGCGGCGUGCGGUUGCGGUGGAUGAAAAAGGCGUUGCUGUUCAUGACAACAUUGCCAAAUGCCAUCCGCACUUGGCCUGCCUCCAGGAGACGAAGCUCAAUGCCGUUAACGAUCGCUGCAUUUGCGCCUUCCUCCCCUCUAACCUUGACGCCUACCAUGUGACCCCGGCCUAUGGUUCCCGCGGUGGCCUCCUAACCGUGUGGUGCUCUGCCCUCUUCUCCAUGACCGCACACUCCUCCCUUGACUACACCAAUACUGUGUUCCUCCGUUCUACCACCUCUGACCUCCGGUUAGCGGUCACCAACGUGUAUGGCCCUUCUGAUCACAGCUUCACCGAUCUUUUCCUCGUCGAGCUCGCUACUAUCGCUGCCUCCAUCUCUGAUCCCUGGCUUCUAAUUGGCGAUUUCAACCUCACUCGUUCUCAAACUAAUAAGAACACGUCGUCGUUCAACUCUAAUCUCGCGGCGCAGUUCAACCACGCCAUCGAUGCGCUCUAG